CAGCUCGUCCUGUCGGUGUCAACAUGGCGGAGAGAGGCAGCGGGCAGCCGCGGUAGUUUCUCCCUCUCCUAGUCCUCCUUCUCCUCUCCGGUGCACCGGAGGAGUAACUUUUACCUGUUUUUAACAGUUUGGAUUUUAAACCCUCUUCGUGUAAAAAGAGCUGCGACGCAAGGAGAAGAUGAGCCGACACGCGACAGACUUCCAGCAGUGCUUCUCCUCUUCCUCCUCCUCUUCCUCGCCGCUGCCUGCUGAUCACGUGCUCAACUCUGCAGCCGUGUUAUUCCCCGGGACGUUCGACCAGCACGGCUGCCCCCUCGUCGUGUUCCCGGCGGACCAGCAACACAAACUCUGCUCCGAGCUCCGCAAAGAGGAAGUGGCGGACUUCAUCAACUACUUCCUGUGUCUGCACAAUAAGAAGCAGGAGAAGCAGCAUUUGGGCUCCGUGGUCGCCGACCUGAGGCUCGCCUCCUCCUCCACCUCCCGCGCCGUGGCCGAGGCGCUGCUCCUGCUCGAGCGUCACAAGCGGACCCUCCACAGCGUCUACCUCGUCCAGCCCCAGAAGAAGGAGGCGGCCAGGCUGCUGCUGAAGCUCCUCGCGCCCUUAAAGGCCCUCAAAAAAGUUCUCCUGAGAGAAAUCCCGGAGCUCUCGAACCACGUGGACCGCAGCCAGCUGCCCGCGGCGCUGGGCGGGUACCUGGUGUACUGCCACCGCAGCUGGGUGGCCUUCAUCAAGGAGAUCGACUGGUUCCUGCAGGACUUCCUGUCCGUGGUGCAGCGGCUGCCCUCCACCAUCUCCACCCUGCAGGCCCUGUCCAGGCUGACUCCGCCCACCGCCUUCGGAGAGCUCCGCCUCUUCUGCGCCGCCAACGAAGCCGAGUUCCAGCAGCUCCGGAGGGAGCUGGGGCUGGACGCUCUGCUGACGCACUGCGAGAGCAUCGUGAAGAAGUUGCGUUACCCGGAGACGGAGCCGAGCUACCGGGCGAUGGCCGGCACGCUGCUCUUCUCCCGCACCGCCACCGACAUGCUGCAGAACCGCAGCCGGAUCUUUGCUGCCGUGGAGAAGGUGGAGCUGCUGUGGCAGCAGGCCUUUUUAAAGGCCCGCCUCCAGUUACAGGUGUUCCAGCUGCGAGAGGAAGCUCUGCAGAUCGCAGAGCAGAUCAAAACUCUCCUUCAAGAGAAACUCCAGCCUUACAAAAUAGAGAUUGCCAAAGAUGCUGCGACGGCGGCGGCGUUGGUGUCUGAGUUCGAGGCGUCCAUUCACACGCCUGCCAUGGCGCUCAUUCUCUGUGCUGAAGACGUGACCCACACGGUAGUGGAGAUCCUGCUGCAUGAGGGCCAGACCCGGGAGCGCUGGCUUCUGGAUGUGGAGCGGCUGAAGGAGAAGCUCCGCUCCGCCGUGAACUUCAUCCUCCAGACGCUCAAGGCGUUUCCAGCUACCACCGUCAUUACAACAGGGCCAACAGCUGGUACCGCGUGGUCCUCUGUGAGAACGUCCUCCAGGUGCUGCUGUCCGGGGUCGACGGAGACGGCGCCCGGAGGAGGAACUGGGGCGCCAUACCCACGUGGAGGUACAAGACGUCCACGUUCCUGAAGAAGAGUCCGCCUCCGGAUUCGGAGCAGCUGGUCCACCUGGCACAUCUGGCCAAGGCCAUCCCCGACGACGAGGUCCAGGAGGCGGGCAAGAGGAUGUC